AACAAACUUCGUCUUCUUCUGCUGCUUCUCUCUUUAUUAGUAUUAGUUUAAUAAAAAAAUUUACAAAAGUCUCAUCUGUUUCACGUCCAAUAUGGAUUUCAUGAAGGUAUUCGAUCAAACAGUUCGCGAAAUAAAGAGGGAGGUGAAUUUGAAAGUGUUGAAGGUUCCUGAGAUUGAGCAGAAGGUAUUGGACGCUACGGAUGAUGAACCUUGGGGCCCCCAUGGUACUGCAUUGGCUGAGAUAGCUCAGGCUACAAAAAAAUUCUCUGAGUGUCAGAUGGUUAUGAAUGUCCUGUGGACAAGAUUGACUGAAACAGGAAAGAAUUGGCGUUAUGUUUAUAAGUCUUUGGCUGUUAUUGAGUAUUUGGUGGCACACGGAUCUGAACGCGCUGUUGAUGAGAUCGUAGAACAUACCUAUCAGAUAUCUUCUCUCACAAGUUUCGAGUAUGUUGAACCCAACGGGAAAGAUAUGGGGAUCAAUGUGAGGAAGAAAGCAGAAAAUAUUGUGGCACUAUUGAAUAACAAGGAAAAGAUCGAAGACGCUAGAAAUAAAGCUGCUGCAAAUCGCGACAAGUACUUUGGAUUGUCAUCUUCUGGAGUAACAUUUAAAUCGAGCUCUGCCUCCCUAAAUAGCAGCAGCAACUUUCAGAGUGGCGAUCGAUAUGGAGGUUUUGGAAAUAAAAGUGAUGGCGAUUCAGUUAAGGAUAGUUACAGGGAAAAGGAUCGGUAUGGUGAAGAUAAAAUUGACCAGUUUAAAUCAAAGAAGGGGUCUUCUCGUUUUGGAAGCAAGGUUCAAGACACUGUUUCAUCUAGUGGAUCAAAGACGUCAGAGAGGGUAGGUAAACCUAAUAAAGCUACUUCUAAUCCUCCACAUAGCGCAGCUGUAUCGUUAAGCAAAUAUGAGGAAGAUUUUGAUGAUUUUGAUCCUCGAGGGACUUCAAGUACUAAGCCUUCCACCGAAAAAUCUGACCAAGUAGAUCUAUUUGGACAAAAUUUGAUUGGUGACCUCUUGGAUGUACCAACAUCUGUUCUGGCUGAUAAUUCUACUGUCACCAGUCAUCCAUCAGAGGUUGAUUUAUUUGCUGACGCCAAUUUUGUAUCGGCGAAACCACAGUCUGAGAUAAGUGUAGAUCUGUUUGCUUCUCAGCCUGCCUCUUCAUCUACAGCUUCUUCAACCAUAGAUUUUUUUUCUGCACCAGAUCCUGUUGUACAAUGCGAUAUCAGAUCUUCUAAAUCAGACAAGAUAAAUGCUACUACGGUUGAUCCAUUUGCUGCAGUUCCACUAAAUACCUUUGAUAGUUCUGAUCCUUUUGGUACAUUUGUUUCUCAUGCUGAUCCUGUAUCAGUAGCCAGUGAAAAUGCUAACCGUGGUGGGAAUCAGGAGGAGACUCCUAGCAAAUUAGAUAAAUCUCCUGUCGAAGCUAAGCCCGCACCAAAGAAGGAUGAUUUUCAAGUCAGGUCUGGAAUAUGGGCUGAUUCAUUGAGCCGUGGACUGAUUGAUCUGAAUAUCUCUGCACCCAAAAAGGUCAACCUUGCAGAUGUAGGCAUCGUGGGUGGAUUGACCGAUGGGUCAGAUGUGAAAGAAAAAGGGCCUACUACAUUUUACAUGGGUAGAGCCAUGGGUCAAGGAACCGGGCUUGGCCAAUCCGGGUUCACGUCCACAUCAACGGGCGGCGCUGACUUUAUUUCAAGUCACCAGAACUAUCAAUUUGGCAGCUUCCAAAAGUGAUUUCGCAUAUCACCACAACUGAGAUUCAUUCCUCCCAGUUCCCACUAAAUAUUCAUUUGUGAAUUUCACCUCUAAAUAGAAGUAGAGAGCAGUAGUGUUUUGGUGCACAUUAGGAAAGUGAUCAAUGUUAUGUCAUUAACAGGCUACUAGUUUAUACACACACACACACACACACCAUGCGGCUAUCCUGCAGAGUGCAAAAUAUUUUUUUGCUGUGCCUCUUUUACUACUAUACAGAAUUUCCUUGUACUUGAUCUUAUAAAUCAUGUCUUAUGCUUUUCCUAUA